UCAUUUUACCGUUUCGAAAGACCGCUGAGACGUUGUGAAUGAGUACAAACAGUUCAGUUUCCUCUACCAUGUAUUAGUAACUAUGUUAAAACAACGCAUUGACGUCAAACUGGAGGAAACAAUUCAUUUCAGUUUCUUUUAGCCAACACUCGUUUCAUUUACCAGAAGAAACAAAAGUUUCAGUUUCUUUUAGCCACCACUUGUUUCAUUUAUCAGAAAAAGAAGGCAGAAUGGGUUCAUCAAUUACCCUGACGCUUAUCUUAGCAACUGUCUUUCAAAAAUGUCUUCAAGUUCCACUGGGGAUAAAAAUGGAUCAGCAGACUUCACUACCAUAUAACAUGGCAUCGAACAUCGAUCAUGCAUGCUACCUCGAGGGUAAUCGAUACGAAUCAGGUCAUUCUAUUCCACGUUCUCAUCCCUGUCAUUAUUGUUCCUGUGUUCGAGGAUAUAUUGACUGCUAUUGGCAAAAAUGUCCUCCUUCUCCUGUCGGAUGCAUUGAAUUGAAUUAUGAUGGCGUGUGCAAUCCGUCAUUGUAUUUGUGCCCUAUUCCUGAUCACAAUCAGACUUUUCCUAUGAAAUAUACAUUAAAACGAGAUGGGCAAAAGUAUAAAACAGAAGAGGAACAAAAUGCUCCAGAUUGUGUUAUUUUGAGCGUUCCUUAUCGACGGGGUGAAACUAUAGGUGUGGCUAGCAAUUCGUGUCUGGAGUGUCGCUGUGCUAAUGGCUCAAUGUUCUGUAGUCCAAAAUGCUGUUUUCAACCUACGGGCCCCGAAGAAAAUUCUUUCCUCGUUAGUCGAAGUGGAAGACGAAGUUGGGUACCUGUAGUAGAACAUCCCUUAGCAUAUCUUCGGGAAUACUUCAAGCAGUAGAACCUGGUCUCCAGACUGAACACUGUAGAAUGGCAGUUUAUCUAUCGACAAAACUGCAGGAAUUGCCCACAGAAACUGUUUUUAUUAUUUCUAAACGUAGCAAAAAGUGUAUUUUAUUUUAUCACUAACAAUACUUCAAGCGACACAUUCGAAUCGGAAUAUCUGCUACGUCUCCAAACUCGGUAUUGUAAAACACAACUACCACGAAUGUAUUGCACAAUGAAGGAACUUUAUAUCAAUAAACAGCAGCUGGUUUUAGAGUGA